CGGUAAACAUGCCAAUAUUUGGGUGGCGCGCGGGGAUCGACGCAGCAAUUGAAACCGUGCUUCCGGAAUUAGUGGGAAACAAUCGUGUGCACUUAUAGCAACGCACUUUAAAAACCUUCGCCAGCUGUGGAACUACGCUUCCAACCGGGGAGAACGCGUUGUCACUGUUGUUCCUCCCGGUGCAGGCUGCCCAUGGCCUCUUGGGGUGGCACUAAGUAAAGUCUCAUUUCUUCUCGCGUUCGCCUCCCGGCUCAUGUCGAUAGAACACUUACGUGUCUGUGCUUAGUAGUGGAGGGGUGACGGGAGGUGACACACGCGGAGGAGUAACGGAAAGGCAGCUAUCACUGAAGCCACAACUGAUUAUGGAGUUGACCGGGGAAACCCGGUCCCCAUGUCUUUCCAUGACCCGACUACAGCCACACAGACAUAUACCUUUAUGCGAAAGACAGUCGACUGUUUCGUGGGUGUUAAAAACCGUUAAAGGUGAUGUUGAGAAAGAUUCGGUCUUCCGCGUCGCUGUCAGGUGGGUCGAACAACCUCAUUGAUUUAACUCGAAAAGGAAGCAUUAACAAAGUCCGCUUGACUCAUAUGAAGAAACGGAGAAACACUGCAGCAUUUCAACGCUUGUGCUAUCUUAAACGUUCCUGAAUGCACCCUAUUUGUUCCUCUUCUUGCUUACUACAGUGUCAUCGAGAUCCAUAUUCUAUCCUUCUUGCGUUACUUCCCUCUGCCUUCUACCUUUCCUGUAUUUCUUUCGAUUUGUUUUCUAUUCCUUCCGACACUUCCCACCUUAUUGCCUCUCUUUACUACUCGUGGUUCUCCCCUGUGAGGUUCGUGCAUCCAGAACCUUCUGUCCUCCGCUGGCGGUCGUCGACCGUUUUUACACCACACGCUCCACUGUCAUAUUUCCUUCGGUCUCGCUUCAUUACCCUUCUCCCUGCGAAUUUGAACCCUUAACUCCCUCUGCUCUGUUUUUUCUGCACUGCACCGCCAGCCUUUCGCUCUUGUCAUAGUUGCAGUUGCUUGAGAGGCAGUUCCCAUCCGGGAACACCCCGCCCCCUCCCAAGGCGAGACAUGACAGCUGCAUUAUGCCAUCCUCUGGUGUAGGAGAUUCACAAAAAGUUCAGGAAAACAGUGUUUCCGAACAACGGUUCGUCCCCGCUGCACUGGCCGGCACACUUCCACUCCGCCCUUACCCUGCUCCGCUUGUAGCUCGGCUGGGCUACGACUGAGGACAGGGCUCGCGACAUCGAUCUCUAUUGAACAACUUCUGAGUAACUAAUUGCACAUCCUGGAGGGUUGCAUUUCUCUUUAUCCGCCGUCUUUCCAAGUGGCCAAAGUCGGCGUUUCCCCUCCCCCUACGCCCCUCGUUUUUUUCACACCCUUGGCCUGUCUUGACGGUGUCACUCGACGCGUUGAGAACGGCAGUGUCAAAGUGCUACGCGAUCGGUAGAAUUUCGGACAGUGAACCAUUUAUACGGAAGCAAAGAAUGAAGUCAACCAUGUAUAAUAUCUUAAAAGCAGUUGGGUAGGUCGAAGCCACCCCACCUGGAGUUGUGUCCCGUUCGCGCCUGCAGAAACCCACGAGCCCGACAGGCGUGGCUGAAAAUCCUCAGCCACGGGCAAACUGGCUGCACCGAGUAGAGCGCGGUUCCAUCGUCAGCGACGAGGUUCGACGUUGAGACGCCGAGAUCCCUUGGCCUUUCGGGCACUCGACAGGGUGGUUUGAAGUGGAAUCUCGGAACGAGGAGACGCGCGUCUCUAGAGAGACCCGCGCCACCGCCCGUGACGAACCACGAACCGCGGCGAACGGCGAGCUCACCGGGUUUUCAGAGACGCGCGAGAUCCCUGAUUUCGUUUACCAUUGACGCCCGCCGCCGUCGACGUCUUUGGAACGUGUUUCACGUUUGAGUUGCACUGUUACUUUCUUCGGAUUACAUUCUUCCACUAAAAGCUGGUUUUGUCCAGUAUCCAUUCGUCGCUACCGUUGCGCAGUCACGUUGAAUUUUGCAGCGGCAAAACAUCUUGUGUAAAAUUCGAGUUUUGUUGAUGAUUGAAGUACCCUGUAUUGGGGCUUGCUAACGUUUUGUAUUAAAAGGGUUUACUGCGGCGUCUCAUUUCCAAAAUGGCCCGACACGCAAUUUUUUUCGCGCUUUGUGUUUUAGGCCUGGUGGCGGCGGCUUUGCCCCAGUUCGCUACCGCGGCCACCGCGUCAGAUGACGAACUGAUGAGUCGAAUCCGAAAUUCUGACUUUUUCGAUGGUCAAGCACCCGUUGACAGUCUCAGACCGACGAACGCCGGUGUCGACUCGAAAGGGACCGACGAUCACCUCACCACCAGCAUGGAUAAGGCAUCUGUAGAGAGUCAGCUUCCGAGAAGAGAGCCAUUGGAGACGGAGCCAGAUGAACAAGAAGAAGUUCAUUUCAGGAAGCGAGGCGUCCGUUCCGACGCUGAAGUGACUGACGACAACAUCUACGAGGAGCACACUGAUCGUAAAGUGGUUCCGAGGAAGUCGGAGGGCAAGCGAAGCUUCAAAGACUUGCUGAAGAAGCUCGCGCUGCCGGCUGUUGGUAUGGGUGCAUCGUAUUUUGCCGCUGAUAGAAUUCUGCCGGAACUAACAGAGCAGCAACAGACAGGCGAAGAACCCCUAACCACCGGCCAGAAUGUGAGCACUGUGUUAGGCUUCGCAGCGCUUGCUGCUGCCGCAGCGUUCCUUGGCAUGGGUCUCACGAGGACGUACCGACAUUUUUCCCCACGCAAAAACAGAUCACGGCAGCCUGCACUCGAGCAAGAGGUGCCUGAAUCAGGCAAAGAUGGGGAGGAUGCCCGCCAGUAGGAUAUGGGGGCUAAUAAAAGUGAGUAGGAGCUCGAGGACAGUGUCCCGAACGCGCCUGAGAGGCAGACAGACACAGAAGAGUGAAGAAAAACAACAUGGUAUUACGUGCGGUGAGUGUUUGCUGUCACGUGUUUUUUGCGCCACAAAGACAGCUUGUGUUGUAUGCAUGGGAUCGACAGUUCAUGGACGGCGCUACCCAGAGAGGCGGCAUUUGCGUACACCGUGGGUCGUCAUGAGUACCGGGACAUCGUGUUCGUGUUUAUUUGUUCAUGUCGAAGUGCACUAAGACACGAGACGAAAGGGUGGUUCCGUCCCUGGCAGCAUCACGUAGUGGUUUCUUUGUCGAGAACAGCGGCAGUCCGAGGCCACUUGAGACAGGAUGUUUGAGUGUAUACAGACAACGCGGUCACAGCAUGAGGCAAAGCUGUCUAAGCAGCCAUUUGCGCGAGCGAAGUCAUCCAUGCCGACUGUGUGAGCCUCUUUAGUUACUUUGAAUGAGACAGAAACUAAGGCUCGCAGCAGGUCUGAAUAUUGCGAAUAAUCUACUUUUAAAACCCGGGGGAGCCUAGUCGUUGGGCGCGUGGUGCUGAGGAGGUUGGAAAAGGACCCGUAUGCAGGUAGCUGGUAUUUCUUGCAGGGUGAAGGAUUCUCCAUCUGUUUUGAGGCAGUCCAACGUUGGUUGCUUCAAAACAGACGAAAACACGCAUGAUCGUUCCUUGCAGUGUCAGCGGGAGUGUUUACCUCUGGUGGAUCCUACCAGAGUGGUGUAUCGUGUCGUGGCGGGAAAGUCAGAAACGGAAGUGGACGGUAGAUGAAGUUGUAGUAGCGAAUGAUGUGAGGCCGCCUUUUGAAGCAGGAACUUUCCUGCCGCGUCCACUUCUUGCUAGGUGGCAGUAGAGAGCACUCGAUCUCGGAACAGAGACGCACGUUUGCGCGCUGCAAUCCAGCUGACACAUUCGAGAAUACAUUGCUGAGGCUGGAUUCACUACAAAAGACGCAUUCUUUUGCUAUGCUAAUUUAGUACUUGCGUUUCUUGCUCUACUGAGAUUCGAUGUUCCGUCAUUAGCCUUUACGAACAGGACGACACAAGCCGUCGUGAAAGGACUUUCGCGCAAGCACCUGCCGCUCACAGGAACCGUCUUCACCUCCGACAUUGCUUGAGACUGCUGCCAGCGCCCCUCCGAGCACGGCUACUAUCUCUAUUUCUUCUUGGUCAGUGCGACUGCUGGUACAUGUGUCAGAGUAUUCGAAUGCUGCUCCUUCCGAAGGGACCAGCGCAGCCAUUGGCGGACCGUUUUCUACGCAUAGUAUGGGUGGAUAAUCCAGAACUGUUCCUCGCGCUCGUUUUAUGCGCGUUACCGCUUCUCGUCUUCAACUCCUAUCAAACACCAUCGACUUAAGACGCAUGUGCGACGAACGCCUGUGCUGUUCACUCUCUACCUGCUGGACUCUGUGCCCCCUAUGGUGCUCGUGUUGAGUGGGCGCAGGCACAGUCUCGCUCUCCGGCCUAGGCAGCCUUCGUUGUGAUGCGCGGUGUCAACUUUCGAAAGGUGGUAACGCGUUUCUUCUGACAUCUACCGUGGCUGCUAGACAAAAAAUGUAGGGGGAACCGACCCGGAAGUAAGGAAAAUUGCCUUGUCCGAAGGAGAGACACAAGUCACCUGCCUCUUCCCGCGCCGCCUUUUUUUCGCUGGCCGCGCGACGGACGAACAGCAUUGCUCUUUCGUUGUCGAGCCGGUGGUCUGUCGAGACCCGUUGUGUUUUGCAGCCUCGGGUGUGCAUAUCUGUGGUGCAUCGCCGCUUGCUUCUAUCCCGAGAGCAGCCAAGCUAGCGCGCUGAGGAACCGAGAAAAGAUGCGUUUUGCGGAGGGGAGAGCGACGAAACCUCGACACGGAGAGGUCCUUUUCUGGUUUGUGAAGCGGGUUCUAUGUCUCUCAUUUCCGUUGUGUCUUCCAAAAGUGGGCAGAGACUUUCUCUUCAAGUUGUGUAGGCAAAAGACUCCCUCAACCGUAGCCGUGUUUCUCCUUCACCAUCGAGUCCGUCGUGCUCCUUGGUCACCACGCCACUUGCCCGGCGCGUUCAGCAGACUCCGGGUUGGAGGUUCUUUUAAACUCGGUAAAGUAGAUGCAGCAAUGCUUGGACCGGCCGCUUUUCUUUUUCUCUUCAUCCCUUUUCAAGCAGUGUGUUCCUCGCAACGCACCCUUGUGUUUUAUUCAAAAAUCCUCUUCGCGUAGCCGCACUCCGACCAGAUCGUCGGUGUCUUGCAUGCGCCGCAACGGUCCUUCCAUAUGGUGCCUGCGACGUUCCAGCAAAUUUUCCUUCCUUCUCGACGUAGUUCCCGUUCUCCCUCUCGCUGUCGAUAGACAGGUCUCUUUC